AUGGCUUUGAUCGGAGAGGCUCUUAUCUCUGCUUCCGUCCAGGUGUUGUGCAACAGAAUUACUUCACCCGAGUUCGUUGACUUAUUUCGGCACAAGAAACUCAAUGAGCCACUCCUCAUGAAGCUGAAGACGACACUGUUGACCUUAUAUGCAGUUCUCGAUGACGCAGAGGAGAAGCAAAUUAAGAAACCUGCUGUGAGGAAUUGGCUCGACGAGCUCAAACAUGCUGUCUUUGAUGCAGAGGACUUACUGGAUGAGAUCGACACGGAAGCUUUACGAUGCAAGUUCGAAGGUGAAGAUCAAACUGGAAAAUUUACCAAUAAGGUGCGGAACUUGCUCUUUUCUUCUCGUAAUCAUUUUUAUAAGAGCAUGAAUGAUAAGAUACAAGAGUUACUAGCAAGGUUAGAAAACUUUGUACAACUGAAAAGUGCUCUUGGUCUGGGAGAAGUUGCUGGGAGGAAGGGAUGA